GUCCAAUCACCGACGCGAGUGCGAAGGAUGAUGAUCACAUGCAGGAUAUAAAACCCUUGUUAAUGCAUAUUGGUCGUAUCCUAUUUACGAUCUAUCUACUAGAGCGAUACAAACCAAAAAGCUGAUUGAUGGCAAAGCUUCCAGAUGCUGUAAGAGAUGCAGUUGAUACAUAAAUUACAUAGUUCAGUCCAGCUCCUAGCCAACCAGGACAGCUCUUGACCGCCUUUUUGUGCGCGUCCCGUUCCAUAAUAAUUAUAUAAAUCCUGCAAUUGUCAUGUUCGUCGAUGCGCUGCAGGUCCAUAGAGCCUCUCUCCCUUGAGAAAUUUGAUGCGUUGGGGACGAGACGCGGUUGGAUCCUUGGCUAGGUAUGAUGCGAGUGGGAGAGGCGGGCUGCUUAUCACCGGCAUGAGCAAACUGCAUCGCUGAUGGUUAUUCUGUCCGUCUGGAGACAUUCAAGUUGGACGUCAACAUGGCGAUGGAAUCGGAUGGAUACAAAGGUGCAGAGCGUUCAAGUGCUCAUAUGCAGACAAGCGCCCGUGGCCGUGAUAGGAUGCAUCUACAUGGCGCCCAUUUCUCUCCGCCUUUU